UUUCUUAUGACAUGCUUAUUUUUCAGACCAACCCAAAAAAACAAGAACAAUAACUAACUCUCUGUCAAUGGCAAUGAAAGUUGUUGUAGUGUUGUUCAUUGCAAUGGUUGUUUUGACAGAGCACAAUGCUAUGGCUGGUACAUUAACAUGUCUGGCAGGAUGUGCAGCUAAAGGAGGAUCUCCAGACAACUUACUUAACUGCCUCAUUGGUUGUGGUACACCAUGUUCAAUACAAUGUGCAGUUAACAACAAAACACCUGAGGACGUAGCUAAGUGCCUUGCAGAUUGUGGUACACCAUGUCCAGCAAAAUGUGCAAGAGAUUCCACAACUGUUCCAUCCCUUGCUGUGUGCCUCAUUGGUUGCUUUUCACCAUUUGUAACUCAUGAGGACAUUCAAACUCCAGACCGUACUACUACUGUUUGCACUGUUGGAUGUUCUCUUGGAAUUUGUUCUCAAUUUCUCAAUGAUGAGGAGAUGUUUGGAGCUUGCAUGAAAAGCUGUGGUAACAACCAUUGCGCCAUUGGUGGCAAUUAUAUUGCUAGCUUUAGAGAAAGCUUAAGAAGAUGAAGGAUUAAUUUGCUCUAAGAAUUUAUGUACUAAGCUAUUAAAUACUUUUGUGUUUGUACUUUUUUAAAUUAUGUAUUUGUGUUUUGUAUUUUGUAUUGAAUUUGUGAUUUUCUAAGUUAUGUAUUUUUGUUGUUUAUUGAAUAAAACUGUAGUGCUUCUUA